GGAAUCCCUUGAUGCCUAUAAAUUCACUUCAGUCUGAACUUCCACGCAAUCUUUCUCUUUCUCACUCUGUGGAGCUGAUAAACCUAUCGCAGGACACGAGCAUAACCGGCAAGAACCAAGAAUCGCACAUUACAAAAAACACAAGAAAGUUUUCAAGUCCCAAAAUGAGACCAGCACCAUUAGAAACAACAGCAGCAGCAGACAUCAGCCAUCUAUCCCCACCACCACCACUCCCUUCUAGACCUCCAUCAUGUGACCCUCAAGUUCACAGCUGCAAAUGGUGGCCUUACUCAAACUCAAAUGAUGCUGGAGCCAACACAGCUACGAUCCUCAUGAUUCUCCUCUGUGCACUCAUUUGUGCACUGGCUUUUAAUACAGCCAUUCGUUGGUUCUUGCGAAGCGACAAUGAUAGCUCAUCGGACCACCUUCGCGAACUCGAGGAGCAGAGGAAACCCAACAAGGAGUCAGACAUGGCAUUACUAGUACUGGCUACAACACAGGUGUAUUAUGCUGGAAUGAAGCUUGCUGGGGCGGAGGCUGAUUGCGCAAUUUGCUUGUCAGAAUUCGUGGAAGGCGAGGGGAUUCGGGUGUUAGGGAGAUGUAACCAUGGAUUCCAUGUCCACUGUGUAGAAAAGUGGUUGGCUAGUCAUUCUUCCUGUCCUACUUGCCGCUGUAGUUGUCUUGCUUCCUCCCUUUCCUCACCAGAACCUGCCAAUUGCUGCGCAAGGAAUGGCCUCGACAACAACUCUUCUCAAUCAGCAGAACCUCAAAGAGCUCCAGCCAAUCUCAGUGCUAAUGAAAACAUACCCGUGUAGCUAGUUUUUGCAAGUUUUUUGUUUUAAUAAAACUUUCAUAUUUUUAAGCCCUUCAACCACAUGGACCUCUCCCCUUGAGAGGUCUUGGCUUCAAGCCUCUCUGCGAAUACAGAAACGUUGAGAUACUUAUAUUUAAUAAAACUCGUAUAUUUUUAAAUCCUUCAA